AUGUCUCUCAGAGUUGGCCUUGGAGCUUCACAGGCGGAUAUAGAUGUUCAAGGUGAAAUAGAUUUCGAUUUUUUUGAAGAAAGUGACAACACCAACAAAACAUCUGCGGGCUUGCAAAGCAAUGCUCUUAGCUCUGAUAGCGAUAGAAAUGCGUACUCAGAGAAGAAAAAUACGGACGUUGACCGGUUGCCUGAAUCAGAAAGAGAACUUUCAGAAUUUGACCCUAAUAUUAAUGAAUCAUGUUCAAGUUUGAACUUUAAGAAGCCCAUGAUAACCGUUUCCUGUGAUGAUGCCACUGGAGUCGUGCAAAAAACAAUAGAGACUGUAAUCCCCACUCCUUUUAACUAUAAGGAAAGCAAAUGUGGCAGAACGAGCCCUCGUACUAGUAGUCGAGCAAAGCGUAUUCCUAGCCCUUAUUUGCGAAAUAAAAUGUUUCUAGACAAGUGUGAUGUUUCUGACGACAGCUCAUUGUCUAGUAUGUCCGAGUCUGACUCAGAUCUGUCUGCGAGUGAAGAUUCUUUCGAUCUCGAUGAAGGAACGGACUCUCUUACUGAUGUCAGCCCCGUAAUAUCCCCGUUUCGAAAUUGCUCUCCAAACCCUGAUUUUAAUGACCCAUCGCCUUCGUCAUCUACAUUGGUCGACUCUAAUCUUCAGAAAAAUGGAUCCGUUAAGUUUGCAGAGGAGUCCCACAAGGAAUGCGAGAAAUGCAAUUCUCUCGAUGUGAUGGAACUUUUGAAUGCGGUGAAACGACUGGAGAUGGGACAGAAUGUGGGUGUGAUGUGCUCCGAAGCCACCCCUUCCGUCAUUACGCAGAACGCAAAGUGUCGUAAGAACUUGUCAUUUUCGAACGAGGAGGUGCGUCGAAUCGAUAACGAUAACCGUAAUCUUUUGAAAAAAAUAGUAGCUCAGCAGAACAGACCGAAAACACGUCCACAUUCUGUGCGAGUCAUAUCUUCGUCUGCUGUCAACAGGCAAAGACAUCAAAGACAAAUUGAGCUUGAAAAUUUGGCCUUGUUGAAAAGACUGGAAUCUACAAAGUCUUCUCGUGACCUGAAUCGCGUGCAUUUACUUCGUGAUUAUGAGCGCAGGUCCUCAGCAGUCUUGUCCAGAGCUUCAUCUAGAUCAUCCAAAUUUCCUUCUCGGGGGUCAUCCUGUCGUACCUCUGCUCAAUCUUCCGGCCGCUCCAGUGCCAUCAGUCUGGCGAAGUCGACAUCACACUCCACGACAAUUGCUUCGGAAAAUGCUUGA